AUGGACCUAGACCUGUCGACAGUUUAUUUCACCUGCGAUAUCAACGACUGCGCAAAGGGGACCGCAGGAUUCGUUGUUCCCAGCACAUAUCUAAACGAAGAACAAACAGAUUUCAAAGACACGCAGGUGCUAAAGCUUGUCGCCAAACAUGUUGGAAUCAGGCAAAGCAAGAUUGCGUUUAAAAUAGGCGAGGUUACGCCCCAUGUGCGCAAGACAAUGAGCUGCCGCGUGUACUACCACAAAAAAGCAACUUUUAUGGAGCGCCUCAUUCGCAAGCGCUAUCUCAAAAUAGCCGCCAAGUUUUGCCACGUUUCUGCAAAGAUCGAAGAAUAUCAAGGCGACCAAGUGUUCCAAGAAGUGGUGAUUGUCCAGGACCAGAUUCGAUCAAGGUGUCGGUUUUACAUAAAGAGGGACUGGCUCCAGUUAGUGCAGUGCAUCAUUGACAACCUCAGAAAGGCUCGCCAGUCAUAA